AUGGCUUGGCCCAAUGUCCCCAUCAACGCCGCUGAGGGCAUCUCCUACUUCACUCCGGCUCAAAGUCCACCAGCAGGAACUGCCCGCAACCCCCAGGGAAGCGGCAAGCCCAUUCCUAAGCUCUUCCAGCCCCUGACCAUCCGAGGCCAGACAUUCCAAAAUCGCCUAGGCGUGGCCCCCAUGUGCCAAUAUAGUGCAGAAGAUGGCCAUAUGACUGCUUGGCACAUGGCUCAUUAUGGUGGUAUUGCCCAGCGCGGUCCGGGAAUGAUCAUCAUCGAAGCCACCGGGGUCGUUCCGGAGGGUCGUAUUACACCCGCUUGUGUGGGUCUGUGGAAGGACUCCCAGAUCGCGCCCCUGAAGCAGGUUGUUGAGUUUGCCCACAGCCAGGGCCAGAAAAUCGGUAUUCAGCUGGCCCAUGCCGGUCGUAAAGCCUCGACUGUUCCCCCGUGGCUGGGCGGUGUUACCGCGACCAAUGCGGUGGGUGGUUGGACGGAGAAUGUCAAGGCCCCGAGCGCUAUUCCCUUCGCUGAGGGUGAUAUUGUUCCUAAGGAGAUGACCAAGGAGGAUAUUCAGGAGGUCAAGGAUGCCUGGGCGGCUGCUACUAAGCGAGCUUUGGCUGCUGGCGUCGACUUCAUUGAGAUCCACAAUGCCCAUGGGUACCUGCUCUCUUCCUUCCUCAGCCCUUCAUCCAACAAGCGCACCGACGAGUAUGGGGGUAGCUUUGAGAACCGGAUCCGUCUGCCUCUGGAGAUCGCUCAGCUAACCCGGGACACCGUUGGACCAAAUAUCCCCGUUUUCCUGCGUGUCUCUGCCACCGACUGGCUGGAAAACAGCCUGCCGGAGGAAAAGGGCUGGAAGCUGGAGGAUACCGUGGCGUUUGCUCGGGCUCUCGCUGUGCAGGGUGCGAUUGAUCUGAUUGACAUCAGCACCGGUGGUGUCCACGUCGCUCAGAAAGUGACAUCCGGUGUUGGCUUCCAGGUGCCGUUCGCGGCAGCUGUAAAGAAGGCUGUUGGAGAGAAGAUGUUUGUCUCUGCAGUUGGUACAAUCAACAGUGGUGUUCUUGCUGAGAAGAUCCUCAAUGAGGAUAGUGUUAAUGUCAUCUUGGUCGGGCGCGCUUUCCAGCGUGACAGUGGUUUGGCUUGGGCUUUCGCAAAGGACUUGGACACUGAGAUUGCUAUGGCUGCGCAGAUCCGCUGGGGCUUCACUAGUUUCCGCAACGCGUCAGAGUAUAUUCAGCCGAACUCGUUAAAGGCAUCGAUCUUUGACUAA